AUGGCGGAGAAGGACGUGCAGCGAGAGUCCAAGGCAGAUGGGGUGGGGCAGUACCCCGAGGCGGGGAAGCAGCCGGCACCCGAACAGCAGCGUGGCUUUGACAUGAUCUACAGGAUAGAGGACGUCCCGCCCUGGUACCUGUGUAUCCUGCUGGGGCUUCAGCACUACCUGACGUGUUUCAGCGGGACGAUAGCCGUGCCCUUCCUGCUGGCGGAGGCCAUGUGCGUGGGGAGGGACCAGUACACUGUCAGCCAGCUGGUGGGGACCAUCUUCACCUGCGUGGGCAUCACCACCCUCAUACAGACCACCUUCGGCGUCAGGUUGCCCCUCUUCCAGGCCAGCGCUUUCGCCUUCCUCAUCCCUGCUCAGGCCAUCCUAGGGCUGGACAAGUGGAAGUGCCCCCCUGAUGAGGAGAUUUAUGGGAACUGGACACUUCCGCUCAACACCUCCCAUAUCUGGCACCCAAGGAUAAGAGAGAUCCAGGGGGCCAUCAUGGUGUCCAGUGUGGUGGAGGUGGUGAUUGGCCUGGUGGGACUCCCAGGGUUGCUGCUUAACUACAUCGGCCCUCUGACCGUCACCCCCACCGUGUCUCUCAUCGGCCUGUCCGUCUUUCAGACUGCCGGAGACCGAGCCGGAACACACUGGGGCCUGUCCAUGAUGUGUGUCUUCCUCAUCGUGCUCUUCGCUCAGUACCUGAGGAACUGGGCCCUCCCCAUUCCCACCUACAGCAGACAGGAGGGCUACGGCACCUCCAAGAUCCAGAUCUUCAAGAUGUUCCCGAUCAUCAUUGCCAUCAUGGUGGUUUGGCUCGUGUGUUACGUCCUCACCCUGACGGACUCGCUCCCUCGAGACCCCAGCCAGUACGGACACAAGGCCCGCACCGACGCCCGCGGGGAGAUCAUGUCCUUUGCUCCCUGGUUCCGCCUGCCCUACCCCUGUCAAUGGGGGUUGCCCAUGGUGACGGUGGCUGGGGUGCUGGGCAUGUUCAGCGCCACCCUGGCGGGGAUCGUAGAGUCGAUCGGCGAUUACUACGCCUGCGCCCGCCUCUCGGGGGCACCCCCUCCCCCCAUCCACGCCAUUAACAGGGGCAUCUUCACGGAGGGGGUGUGCUGCAUCAUCGCCGGUCUGCUGGGGACAGGAAACGGCUCCACGUCCUCCAGCCCCAACAUCGGGGUGCUGGGCAUCACCAAGGUGGGCAGCAGAAGGGUUGUCCAAUAUGGAGCCGGCAUCAUGUUCCUCUUAGGGACUGUGGGAAAAUUCACAGCCCUUUUUGCAUCCCUGCCUGAUCCCAUUCUUGGAGGAAUGUUCUGCACCUUGUUUGGAAUGAUCACAGCAGUUGGGCUGUCUAACCUGCAGAGUGUGGACCUAAACUCCUCGCGGAACCUCUUUGUCCUCGGCUUCUCCAUGUUCUCCGGCCUCAUGCUGCCCAACUACCUGGACGCACACCCUGGCAGCAUCCGUACAGGAGUUCCAGAGCUGGACCAAAUCCUCACGGUGCUGCUGACCACAGAGAUGUUUGUAGGGGGGUUCCUGGCGUUCCUGCUGGACAACACCAUUCCUGGUACCAGAAAGGAGCGGGGCCUGCUGGAGUGGACCGCGGGCCUCUCCUCCAACACGAACUCAGUGGACAUGCGCACGUACGACUUCCCCGUGGGCAUGAGCUGCGUGCAGAGGGUGCGCUUCCUGCGCUACCUGCCCAUUUCCCCCAGUUUCCAGGGCUUCUCCGUGUGCGGCAGGAAGCCCCGCCCCCAGAGCACAGAGCAGGAUGGCAAGCCGAGCACAGAGAACCAGGACGCGGAGCCUGCCACUGUUCUGGCCUCUACCGAAGUAUAGCAAACACUCCUUCACAAAUCUAGCCUUUCCUUUUAAAAGAUUGUAUUUUA